UGUAUUGAGAGAGAGAGUAAAUCAUAAUCAAUCCCUAUUUACUUUCUUUCCCUAGCUGUCAGUGCCCCUCUAAAUCACCACCAUCUUUCACCUUAAGCACACACCCACUAGUAUUUUAUCAAAGCUGCCAAAUUGCACAUCCCAUGAUCUGGAAUGGCUUCAAGUGGGCUUCAUUUAAAGGCAAUCUCUAUAGCUAUUUGUGCUCUGGUAGUGAAAAACUAACUUACAAAUCACAAGCAGUCACAGAGGAGGAAUUUUGUCCUCGUUUGUUAUCAAUUCAUGCCUCAGUAAAGUAUCAAGCUGACUGCAAACUUAAAACCAAACAGCUAAUGAAAAGAAUCAUGUAAGGCCAAGUCUAGGUAUGUUCAGGAGCAGCUGAACAUUGUGAAGACAAAUGAGAGUGAAGACAUCCAAGAUGGACAGUAAGAACAUUGAGUAUAUGUUUGGUAUUGUUGGUAUUCCUGUCACUGAAAUCGCAAUUGCAGCUCAGGCAACUGGAAUAAAAUAUGUGGGAAUGAGAAAUGAACAAGCUGCCUGUUAUGCUGCCUCUGCUGUUGGGUACCUGACAGGGAGACCAGGAGUCUGCCUCGUGGUGUCUGGUCCAGGUCUCAUACAUGCCCUAGGUGGGAUGGCAAAUGCAAACAUGAAUUGCUGGCCUUUGCUUGUUAUUGGGGGCUCCUCUGACAGGAAUCAAGACACCAUGGGAGCUUUCCAGGAAUUCCCACAGGUUGAAGCUUGUAGACUAUACAGCAAAUUUUCUGCCAGACCCAGCAGUCUAGAAACUAUUCCUGCUAUUAUUGAAAAGGCUGUUAGAACCAGUAUUUAUGGUCGACCAGGUGCGUGCUACAUUGACAUACCUGGAGACUUUGUAAAUCUACAGAUGAGUAAGAGCUCUGUCAAAUAUGUUGAAUGCUGUUUGCCACCUCCUGUGAGCCUGGCUGAGCAUUCUGCUGUGUCUGCAGCAGCAUCUGUCAUUUCACAUUCCAGACAACCUCUAUUAAUCAUUGGCAAAGGUGCUGCUUAUUCACAUGCUGAAGACAGUAUCAGAAGGUUGGUGGACCAGUGUGAAUUACCAUUUUUACCUACACCAAUGGGAAAAGGAGUUGUUCCUGAUAACCAUCCCAACUGUGUAGCUGCAGCCAGAUCCAGGGCAUUGCUGCAUGCUGAUGUAAUAGUAUUACUUGGUGCCAGGUUGAACUGGAUUUUGCACUUUGGACUUCCACCAAGAUUUCGACCAGAUGUAAAAGUUAUUCAGGUUGAUAUUUGUGCGGAAGAGCUGGGGAAUAAUGUGAGACCUGUUGCCACUUUAUUAGGUGACAUAAAUGCUGUGACCCAGCAGCUUUUGGAAGAAUUCAGCAGAAGUCUAUGGAAAUACCCUUCUGAUACAGAGUGGUGGAAGAAGCUAAGAGAAACAAUGAAGAACAAUGAAGAAAAAGCCCAGGCACUUGCAUUACAAAAGUCUCUGCCUAUGAAUUAUUAUACUGUAUUCCAUCAUGUCAAAAAACUGCUACCCAAGGACUGCUUUCUAGUAAGCGAGGGAGCAAAUACUAUGGAUAUUGGACGUACUAUGCUUCCAAACAAUUAUCCUCGUCACAGACUUGAUGCUGGUACAUUUGGGACAAUGGGAGUUGGGCUAGGAUUUGCCAUAGCAGCUGCAAUGGUGGCUAAAGAUUGGACACCAAACAAACGAAUUAUCUGUGUAGAAGGAGACAGUGCUUUUGGAUUUUCUGGCAUGGAAGUGGAAACUAUUUGCAGGUAUAAAUUGCCCAUCCUGAUUAUCAUAGUAAACAACAAUGGGAUAUACAGUGGCUUGGAUGCAGAUUCCUGGGAAGAGAUUUUAAAGUUUGGAGAACCAUCUGUGUGUGCACUUCCCAAUUUUCUCCUGCCUAAUUCCCACUAUGAGCAGGUCAUGUCUGCAUUUGGGGGCAAAGGAUAUUUUGUAAAAACACCAGAGGAAUUACAAAAUGCCCUUAAAGCAAGCCUGGAAGAAAAGCAAGUCCCUUCCCUUAUCAAUGUAAUGAUUGAUCCACUAUCUGCAAGAAAGCAGCAGGAUUUUCCAUGGCUGACUCGUUCUAACAUGUAAUGGAAAAUCCAGAGUGUGAUGAUUCGAAGAUGUGCAUCUGCUUAAGCCAAAGCCAUGUAAUUUUCCAGGCGUGAAACUCCCACACCUGUUUUUUUAAAGUUGAAAAAUCCAAGUUUUUUCACUCUUAAAACAAUCACUUGUUUUUACACUACUGCAAUAGCAAUAGUUAUUGUAUGCACAAGAAACACCUGAAUGUAUAUCAGGCUUUUACCAGAUUAUGUAAAAGUAGUUAAUAGUAAAUCAAUUAUUUUUGCCUUUCAUCAAAAUGCAAGAGAUCUAAACUUGCCAAUUAAAUUCUUAGGUGUUAGGAAGACAAAUAAGGGAAAGAAAGUUUUUGGGUUUUUUUAAUUGAAGGAAUCCUUGGCAGUAUGCAGUCAUAAUAGAUUCGUUUCAUUUCACUGGCCAACACGCUACUUACUGUACCACAUUUUAUAUGCUCUUUUAGGGCUCAAGGUUUUUAAUCUUUCAGUGUCUUCAGGAUCAGGCUCAGUAAAUAUCCCCAGCUCACAUUGAAG